AUGGGCGACGGGAAAAAGGGCGAUGCCUUCCUCACGCCUAGGGUCUUAGGCCUGCUGGGGAUCCUUGUGUGGAUGAUCGUGGGCGUGCGGCAGCUGCUCACCACAGAGGCUAGCUAUCAGAUCGGUCCGAACGAUAUCCUGAUCGACGCUCAAAUGACGGAGGACGCGAUCGACGCGGUGGAGCUGCAGCGGCGGAGACUGCGCCUCGCGGACCGGCGCUACCUCACGCUGCCCGAGUUCACCGAGUUCUGCCACGACACCCCCGGGUGCUACCUGCCGCCCACGACGGCCCCCCUGACGCGCAACGAGGUGCUCUUCGUCGUCGCCACCUCGGGCGCGAUGCAGGACGUCUUCAUGCCGGCCAUCCUGCGCACCUGGGGCGCCAUGGGCAUGGUCUUCGCCUUCUCCGACCGCCCGGACGAGAACCUCUCGGUGUUCUCGCCCCCCGGCCUGCUCGGCGCGAACGCGAACGGCGACGACCAGAAGCGGCAGCCCAAGGGCUUCAAGUGGCUGAUGCAGGAGCCGCAGUUCUCCGACUUCCACCUCGAGGACGUCAAGUGGGUCGUGUUCGCGGACGACGACACGUGGAUCAACGCCCCGCGGCUCCUGGGCUUCCUCGGGCGCAUCAACUACGAGCUGCCGCUCGCGAUGGGGUACUUUUGGGACGAGGUGUUCUCACACACCGCGCACAUGUCCGCGGGCGCCGGAAUGAUCUUCUCGGCCGCCGCGGCGCAGCGCCUCGGGCAGCACCUGUACGGCGGCCGCUGCAAGGCCGAGGCGUUCAGCGGCGUCGUCUGGGCGGACGUGUUGCUCUCGACGUGCGCCCACGACCUCAAGGCGCUGAGCGUGCACUCGUACCUCUUCCACGCCAAGCCCCAGGAGAACCUGCUCUUCGGCGGCCAGCAGAUGGACCCGAGCGCGAUCAAGGAGGCCUUCACGUUCCACGUCGCCACUGCCGACGAGCAGGAGGUGAUGACCGACAUCGUCCUGCGGAACCUCAAGGGGGCCAUCGAACGCCCGACGUGA